AUGUCCUUUGCACAGCUCCCAUUCGAGCUGCGCACCUACAUCUGGAGCCUGACAGACAUCGAGCCCCGUUGUAUCACCAAUCACCGCAGAAAGGGCCUCGAUAUCCUCUACGAGACGACAUCCGCCCCGCCGCCCGCCGUCGUUCAGGUCUGCCGCGAGGCUCGCCAGUAUGCGCCGUAUAGGCGUGCAUUUACCGCCGGUACCGAGCCGCGCUGGACGUGGGUGAACUUUGCGCUCGAUAUUUUUUGCGUCUCGAGUAUAAUGUCGCUCGGCGAUAUCAAGUCUCAUCGGGGUGAAAUUCAGCGACUCCAUAUUCGAACCGACGACGACGAGGAUUGGUAUUAUAAUCUCGCAGAUUAUAAUGCCAUGCGUCCUCUUUGUGAGUUUGACAGCCUUGUGGAGGUCAGGACUGUGCUCGAGCCUGGGGAUUGGUGGUGGGGGGAGAUAUGGGCCGAUGAGAGCUCUGGGCUUGUUCUGAGUGGACCUCAGCUACGGAUGGUUCGUGAUUGGCACUUUAUAUUCUCAUUCGAUAGUGAUGGGAACCCCCCCAGCCCGGAGCGACUCCUCUCAGAUGAGAUCGCGUGGGCUUGGGAUGAGACGAUGCAUCUAACCUUUGCACAAAUGUACUACAUAGGGUAA